CACGUGACCCGGUUAGGUCAGGGUUCACCUCCAGUGCUGAAUGUGAAGACAGUGCGCUGGGUAUAGCCCUGACCUGCAGCAACCUGCAGCAACAUGAAGAACAGAUUCAACACCAUAGACAUCCGGGCUGUCAUUGCAGAGCUAAAUAACAGGUGACAUGUCAUCCCAUAGCCAGCCCCUGAGAGAGAGAGAGAACAGCUUAUUCCAUGUAUCAUAUGGCCAUGGCAUGCAGUGUGCUGUGACCAACAUCCAUGUAUCAUAUGGCCAUGGCAUGCAGUGUGCUGUACCAACAUCCAUGUAUCAUAUGGCCAUGGCAUGCAGUGUGCUGUAACCAACAUCCAUGUAUCAUAUGGCCAUGGCAUGCAGUGUGCUGUAACCAACAUCCAUGUAUGUGCUGUAACCAACAUCCAUGUAUUAUAUGGCCAUGGCAUGCAGUGUGCUGUAACCAACAUCCAUGUAUCAUAUGGCCAUGGCAUGCCAUGGCAUGCAGUGUGCUGCAACCAACAUCCAUGUAUUAUAUGGCCAUGGCAUGCAGUGUGCUGUAACCAACCUCCAUGUAUCAUAUGGCCAUGGCAUGCAGUGUGCUGCGACCAACCUCCAUGUAUCAUAUGGCCAUGGCAUGCAGUGUGCUGCGACCAACAUCCAUGUAUCAUAUGGCCAUGGCAUGCAGUGUGCUGCGACCAACAUCCAUGUAUCAUAUGGCCAUGGCAUGCAGUGUGCUGCGACCAACAUCCAUGUAUCAUAUGGCCAUGGCAUGCAGUGUGCUGCGACCCACACCCAUGUAUCAUAUGGCCAUGGCAUGCAGUGUGCUGCGACCCACACCCAUGUAUCAUAUGGCCAUGGCAUGCAGUGUGCUGCGACCCACAUCCAUGUAUCAUAUGGCCAUGGCAUGCAGUGUGCUGCGACCCACAUCCAUGUAUCAUAUGGCCAUGGCAUGCAGUGUGCUGCGACCCACAUCCAUGUAUCAUAUGGCCAUGGCAUGCAGUGUGCUGUGACCCACACCCAUGUAUCAUAUGGCCAUGGCAUGCAGUGUGCUGCGACCCACACCCAUGUAUCAUAUGGCCAUGGCAUGCAGUGUGCUGAGACCCACACCCAUGUAUCAUAUGGCCAUGGCAUGCAGUGUGCUGUGACCCACACCCAUGUAUCAUAUGGCCAUGGCAUGCAGUGUGCUGUGACCCACACCCAUGUAUCAUAUGGCCAUGGCAUGCAGUGUGCUGCAAGGAACAUUGAUUAAUCACAUGUUAUUAUGUAUCAGUAGCAUUCAAUUUGCUCUAAUUACCCAGGCUUUCACAUGUUAUUGUACCGUACUAUGUGCUCGAAGGAAUCAAUCACAUGUGCUGUUAUGUCUCCAUAGCAUACAACGUGCUCCAAGGAAGCAACCUUCCCCAUUUGUGGUGUUAUGUAUCCAUAACAUUUAACAUGCUCCAAGGAAGCAACCAUCUCCAUAUAGUGUUAUUGUAUUUCUUUAGCAUACAAUGUGCUCUAAGGAAGCAUCAUCCCAAAGAGUAUACAUUGUAAUCAAAGGAAGCAGCCAUUCCCAUAUGUGUUAUAUAACAUAUCCUGUUCUCUAAGAAGAGACACAUUCUAAUAUCUGUUAUACAUCCAUACCAAUCAAUGUAUUAGUUACUGUGUAUGUGUGACACACUGUACUGUAAGGUAGGAGUUACUGUAUAUCCAUACGGGGGUAAUAAAACCUGUGUUAAUAAGCAUAUAGAGUUGUUCACUAAAUUCCAAUUGUGAGAGAAUUAAAUCCCAUAGGCAAAUGUAAAGGACAACUGUCAGAUCAUAAAUAAUUUUCAUAUAAUAAUUUCAUCAACUUUUGAAAGGAAAUAAAUGUAAAAACAAAUGAGAGAAACUCAUCCCAAUGACCAGAUCCUUCAGCCGUAUACAUGUGCCUUGGGUCAGAGUCAGACAGUGUUUGAAAACAGUCUUUAUAAUCUUCCCCACUUCCGUGCAGGGAGUGAAGCAGGAACGUUUGUUUUUUCUAAACACUCUCCGACCCAAGGUGCGUGUACAUGGUUGAAGCAUCCUGUCAUAUACUAAAAGCAAUGAUAAGUUUUUAUACUUUUUUUUUUAAAUGUGUUUAUUUUAUUUUACAUAAACUUAAUUUAAUUAAAAAAAUCUAUUUCCUUUCAAUUAUUGAUGAUAGGAUUAUUAUGUUAAAAAUAGUUUUGAGGUUACAGUUGUCCUGUAAAGGGAUACUAUAGUCCCAGGAAUACAAAGCUAUAUUACUGGCACUAUCGCACCCCCCUACCUCGCCCCCAAUCCCCUCUCCUCCACAUUAAAUAAAGGGUUAAAAAGCACUGGAGGCAGUUUCUCUGGUUGCGGCACUAAGUGCAAAAGGGACACGGCAAUGAGCUGAAGUGCUCUGGGUGCUUUAUAGUGUCCCUUUAAACAAAAUAGUCAAACUCUGAUCCAAAUGUUUUCAUGUAAUCAUUUGUGCCUACAUUUUACAAUUUAGAUUUGUUUGCUAGAAAUCAGAGUUUAAUGAAUAACCAUGAUAGUGCUUUGGGAUCGUCCCCAAGUUCCUCUUUUAAUUCUUUUUUUUUUUUUUUUUACUUUUUGUCCUAGUAAUGUAUUUAGUCAACAACGGCAUCACAACUGCACAAGAGUGAGAGCUUGAGCCAUGCACAUCCUAUUCAUAUACUGUUCUCUGACUACAAUUUAACUAAUGCAUUUUGUGUGUGUUCCUUUUUUUUUUUUGCAGUUUACUGGGGAUGAGAGUCAAUAACGUUUAUGAUGUGGACAAUAAAACAUAUCUCAUUCGACUGCAAAAGUAAGCUCCUUCUUUUUUGGAAUAUUCUCUUAUAUUAUUAUGUUUAAUGAUGUACUCUAUGUACCAUAACUCCUGCAGCUCAUUGUAGUAGUUAUUGUGCAGGCAGUCUGUGGGUGCAACCUCAGUCGUUACCUAAUGUUGCAGUAUUGUUUUUUUUUUAAAUCUUUCCUGUUUUCUAUUUUUUUUAAUAAACAGGCCAGAUGCGAAAGCCAUGCUUUUACUGGAAUCUGGCAUACGAAUUCACACUACAGAGUUUGAAUGGCCCAAAAAUAUGAUGCCAUCAGGCUUUGCAAUGAAGGUAAGAGGAGAGGAGAUUUCCUAAUACCGUCUUUACACUUCUCCGAUCUUCCUUUUCUGCUCCUCCUCUACGCCCUAUACAUGCCUUACCUUUGCUUCCAUACGUUUUCUUUCCCUCAUUAAAAAACUUCAAGAGUAAAAUCCUUUAAACUUACUUCCAUCCCCUUCUGUUUAGUGCCGGAAACAUCUGAAAUCCCGGAGGCUGGUCAGUGUUAAGCAGCUGGGAGUGGACAGGAUUGUGGAUUUCCAAUUUGGUUCAGACGAAGCGGCUUAUCAUAUCAUUGUGGAAUUAUAUGAUAGGGUAAUUUGGUGCAUAAUUUAUUGUUUAAUCUUCUAGUUAUUGAUGGGAGAAUAUUUAGCUCUUUAAAUAUAGGUUUUUGCGCCGCUGAAUAUGUAGUUUAAAACCACAGUGAAUUACAGAGCUUUAAAGCUCACAGCUAUGUGCGAUUUGUAUGAUAUAUGACAGUUUCAUUUUGCUGCUGCUGUUUCAAAUUUUUAAUCCGUGUUGAACUUUUCACAAUUCUCAUUCUCACUUUAACAGUAGCAGUAUAGUGUGUUCUGUGUGAGUAUCUCACAGCUUCAAAUAAUGUUUGUUUAAACUAAAAUGGGUAACGUUAUACGCUAGAUUGAUGUUUCGAUUGGAUAAUUACAUUUCCUAAAUCUUUCGUGCUCCACCUAGAAGCUACACGUAAUUCCAUUAAAAUGUAUUUACUCCUGGUCAUUUCAAUUUCGAGUAGUCUGAAGUAGUACAGGAGCGAGCCAUUUGUCUGGAAGUCCCACAGCUGACUGUACAGUGUCGUUCCAGGGCAACAUUGUUCUUACAGACUUCGAAUAUCUCAUUUUGAACAUCUUGAGGUUUCGGACAGACGAAGCUGAUGACGUGAAAUUUGCUGUCCGAGAACGAUAUCCUGUUGAUAACGCCAAACCGACAGAACCGCUCCUUGCCAUAGAAAAGUAAAUAUAACAUUAGAUUUUUGAAUCUUCAUUUUAAGGGCACUGUAUGCUGGUAUUGCCCUAUUUUCUGUUUGUUAAAGGCAUUGCAUUGAUAAUGUAUUAAAAAAUAUGAUAAAAACAGCCAAUCCAACAUAGAAGAUAAAAUAGAUACUCCAUUUUAUAGGGCAUUUUGUAAACUCCACACUUUACAUCAUCCGAUUUGAGCUUUGCCCACAGCAGGAAGUAGUUUGGCAAGUCAGGGCCCACAAAUUGGAUUUGUAGAGUCUGAGCUGUGGUACAUAUUUAAUGUAGCAUUGUAAGGGUUAGUGUUGGGGAUAGGGUCUGGUUAGUAGAUUUCAAAGCUCAAUGUGCACUUCCAGAUCCUCCUGGUAGCCAAAGAUAACUCUAAUUUGCCCAGCCACACAUUCACAUUGCAUCGUAAUUGGUUUGCUCGCAUGCAAUGCUCCUUGGUAGCUAUUGCAUCAGAGCGUAAUUUUGUUGGUUUUUGUGAGCCUUGUAAACUCGUUGACAGACCAAACAGAAUGAUUACUUUUGAGUAAACACUGUUUCUAGUCAACGAUAACUUUAAAAUGGCAGUGUUCAGGGAGGGAACGUGAGGUGUGCCCUGAAAUUAAAUAAUGAAUUUGUAUAUAUACAUGCUUCAAAAAUACAAAGAAAAAUUCAAACAAACUUUAUUUAAAAAAACAAAAACAAAAAAAACACACACAAAAAUUCCCCAGCAAAAUAUCUCCAUGUUAAUUUCCCUUUAAUACUAGUUAACCUGUGGUCAUUCUGGUCUGUAAAGCACCUUCACAGGAAUUGUGUGUCUUUGACUGGCUUAUGUGAAGAUAUUAAUGAAGCCUUACCUGUCAGUUUUCCGUAAUCGACAGUACGUUAUUCCCACUGCCUAGCAAACGGCAUUGAUACAUCUAAUCAUAGAGAUCAUAUAACAUGUAUGUUUACCACUGACAGAGGAAUGGCCCAUUUUAUACCAAAUUGGCAAAAUCUUUAACUUGAUAAUGCAAGUGAUUUGCAAAUUUAGGCUAUGUUGGCCCAUACAUUGAGAUUCAGUUGUCUGUUUCUGAUCAUUCCUGGUUAGCAUAUUGGGUCGGAUUACCAUACUGAGGCGGAUCAGGGUGAAUGCUCAGCUGUGGUUAUAAUCAAUCCUACAUCACAGUGGAUAUUUUUUAUUCUUUGAGAACUUAUUAUUGCUCAUUAAAAUGCCAAAUGACUCUCCUGGUAUUUUGGAGAUUGACUGUAUCUUUUUGUUUCUUCAGAUUAAAAGAGAUUAUCACAAACGGACAAAAAGGGGACCAUCUGAAGAGGGUCCUUAAUCCACACCUACGUAUGUGUUUUUUGUUUUUUUUUGUUUUUGUUUCAUCACAUGACAUGACAUUUAACGGAACAUUCUCAUAAGUUUUCACCUCAUAUUCAUGCAGUAUUUUUCUCCACGUAAAACUUUCUUGCAGGUAUCUGCAGCAGACGCCUGCCCCCUAAGCCAUACCUCCACUUUUCACAAACUGUCUUCCUGAUUGGAAAAGUAUGCAGUGUCCUAAUGCAGCUCAGCCAAUGAGAGAUCAGAAAUGAAAGUUUUUUUUGUUUUUAAUGUGACAAAGAUGACAGAAUGAGGCUGAAAUCUAUAAAAUACUAUUAAUCAGCAUGUACAUUGUGUGUUGCUUUAAUUAUGGAAAAUCAUAUGCUCAUUCAUUUCCAUACAAAACACAAAAAAAACACGUUGCGCUGUAUACUGUGCGUAUAGAGUCCGAUAGAACAAUUCUUUGGAAGAUCUUGGCUUGGAAUCGUUCAGGCUUCAGUUGGUGAUGAGUAUAUGUAAACACACACAACACUUGAAGAAGCACCUUAUUUGGCGAAACGCGUUGUGUAUUUUAGUAUUGACUCUCCAGGCAACCCGUUUUACUCACCUGGUUCCAGCGCCGGGAGCCUUGUGAAGCCGCUCCACCGAUUUCGUCAAAAUGAUGAAAUAGGCGGGCGCGAGCAGGAAGCAAUCAGACGCUUCCAUUUGGAAGCGUCAUUGCUCCCUUGUGCGCAUGCGCGGCUUCGCCACACAUACUUCAGAGGGCGGCAUUCAUGCCACCCUCUGAAGUCCUGAGCGUACUACCGCGAGCUGAGCUGACUGACAGCUCAGCUCGCUGUCUUUGCCUGCCCCCUCUCCUCGGCUGACAGGCAGGAGAGAGAAGGCGCGCAUACAGUGCCUUCUCUCUCCUGCACACGUCAGAUGUAUUUUAAUACGUCUGACGUGUACAAGGCCUUUUUGGGGCCCUACAUGAUAGGAAGUCCCUCUGGUGGCCGUCUGAGUGACAGCCACUGGAGGUAUUCCUAUCAAUCAAUAUAAACACUGUAUUUUCUUUGAAAAUACAUUGUUUACAUUAGAUUGCCUGCAGGGAGCUAUAGAUCUCACCUGAACAACUACAUUAAGCUGUAGUUGUUCAGGUGACUAUAAUGACCCUUUAAAGCAUUACAGUUUAUUUGGCUUGUACAUAUUUUAUAGUGCAAGACCAUUUAUUAUACUUUUUAUACCUUAUAUUAUUUUUAUUAUUCUUGGCACUUUUAAAACAAACUUUUGAAGGAUAUACUCUAUAUCCAAUCCCUGGCAAGAAUUGCCUUCAGGAGAAUCUACUCAACAUAAUAUCCUUGGAGGGGAUCAUACCACCCAAGUGCUAUCUCUUGAGCGGUGUUACUGUCCUACUAAAUGUGAUUAAAUUACCAUUUAUAUUUUUACCUGUUUUUGGUUUUACUCGGUAAGCACUAUUGUUUACUUUUUAUAUUCAUCUGGAUGCUGUGAGACUUACCCCUAAAGCGCUUCAUAUCCACCAGUGGGGACUAUACCACUGUACACUGUUUUACUCAGAGCUGUAGCUCUAACAAAUGUGAGUGUGAUCCCACAUAUCCUUGUUGUGUGUCCUACACUAAGUAUUUGACUAUCUGCACUAUUAUUGAUCAUUUUCUGUUUUGUUACAUAUACUCCUCACCAACUGAAGCCUGGACAAUUCCAAGCCAGGAUCUUCCAAAUAAUUUUUCUUUUGGACUUUAUACUCACAGUAUUUGGCGGAACAGUUUUUUUGUGUUUUGUAUCGUUUUGCUUCUUGUCAAUAAUAUUUUGGGAGUAUUCCUUGCAUUCAGUGUUUGCAUUUUAUGUCACUGUUUAAAUUAAUUGAUUAGCGCUUAUCCUAUCUUUCAUAUUUGCUGUAUCAUUAAUUUUCAUGUUUUGUCUAUGCAGCCUAUGGAGCAACCCUGAUAGAACAUUGUCUUCUAGAAAUGGGCAUGUCUGGCAAUAUCAAGCUUGAGCAGCUUUCAGGAGACUCAGGUCAGUGGCGUUGCAAUGAGAAGGACCAGAAUAACAACUGAAAUCGCCUCAUGCUGCCAAAUGGCGCCAAUUGGGUACAAGGCUUGAAAAUCCAUCAUGUCCUGGGAAAGGGUGGCUUAGCAUGACUCAGUGAAUUUGUGUAUAAAACCAGUCUCGGAACUACACUCAUCCAAAUAAGAAAUCCUUGGUGCAACCAAACCAGGAAUCCGCACCAAGUCUCAGAUACAAUUUGCUAGAGAGAGAGAGAGGUUCAGGCACUCCGAGGUAUGAAAACUGCAAAUUUAUUGGAGCCCAAAUUUCCAGCAGCAUCCUGGUCGAAAAGUUGCUUCUGGACAUUAGGGUUCUAAUAAAUUUGCCUUUUUCAUACAUUGGAGUCCAUCAAUGUCCAUGCUGCAUUCACGUCUAAUAAGUUAUUCCCAUGAAUGCACAUAGACUAUGACUUAAAUAUACUAUAUAAGGUGGCCUUCUGGUACACUAUUUUUCAAGAUGGCUGCCUAUACCAAGAGAUGUUUUACAAAAACAGUUGCCACAACUGGGAGACGUGAAUCCUUCUGAUAUCCGGUAUUAACAUACGGGGCAGGAAUAGUUCAACAAUAACUAGAAAUUGUAAUUGUUGGGUUAAAAAUAAAAUAAUUCCUCAGACGUGAAGGUGGAGUUUCAAAAUCAGCCUGUAGGUCAGUUGUUUCAAAAUGGAAACUGGAAUCAUGUGACAACUAGAGCUAGUAGAUGAGAAUAAAAAGAUGGAGCACAAACAACCUGGUUACAAACUCUUAUGGGGUUAUUCACUAAAUUAAUAAGUCAAAGUGAAUUUUAAAUUCAAGGUAUAACCAGGAGAACUGGAAAAAUUCUCAGUCAGCUAUGCUUCAAGUUUGGCUACUUUGGCCUUAAAUUUGAAAUUCACUUUGAAUUCUCACAUUAGUAAAUAUCCAUAUUAGAGUAGUAAAAUAAAAAUAUGUAAAAUUCUGCAAAUUAUUGUAUUUCUUUUUACACUUGGUUUUUUUUCUCUCCAUUUUUAAAGAUUUGGAGAAGGUUCAUGCAGCUUUAAGGAAAGCAGAGGAAUACAUGGCUAUGACGGCAAACUUUCAAGGAAAGGUAACAUGUUUUGCCAUGCAAGGUAUCCGAAGCCUGAAAUUAUUAAAGGAAUGCUUUUGACUUGCAUUUCUAAUGCGUUGCAGAGAUAAUGCUUUAAAUAUAUGCAAAAACAAGAAAGUUUAAAAGUUACUUCUAUUUGAAUAAAUCCUUACCAGCCUUGAGUUUCGCUCACUCGAAGAAGUAUCUUGGCCAAUCAGGAAUCUCUAAUACUGGUUUAUGGAAUCUCAACAUGUUUACCCCAUCACUUUAAGGAAUAAAAUGUAGGGGGAGGGGCAUAUUAGCAGAAAUAUCUCUUUGCUCAGAACAGUUGUUUCUUGGACUUCUGCUUUUAUUACUUAUGAAUACUUCUAGCUGGCUGAACUACAAAUCCCUUUAAGUGAUGGGUGGAAUGCACAGGCUGUAUGUGUUCCACCGGUUCUCAGAGGUGCUACUAUUCCCACCUGGGAAUGGACAUUAGCUCCAAAAUUCUAAUUUCCUAAGGUAUUUAAAUGCUACUAAGUCUGCCAACCUUGUAUACUUGGGGAUCCAGCUAUGAUCGAGAAGAUGUGUAAUAUUGUUACACCAUAUAAAAUGAGGGUUGAUCAAAUGCAAACAUGUUAUAGGGCUCUCUGGGUGUCUCCCUCAAUGGUGUGUGAGGCUAGAAGAACCGAACUUAAGUUUACAAGGUAAAUUGUAACUUUGGGGGAACUUACUAGUUAAUUUCAAACAAGUAUCAAAGCUAAGUGUUUGGCUUUAUCAGUGCUGGAGGUGUGUGUUUUCUAUCUGAUACCUAUGAAGACUGCACUAAUGCGCUACAGAAUCUGUUGGCGCUAUAUAAAAGGCAAUAAUAAUGAUGUCCUAAUGCAGAGGAAGAGGAUGUCCAGCAUCAUUUAGUGGACCAAAAGUCCAUUCGCAAUCUGGAAGCUCCUUUUGUAUCGGUCUGACAGUCACUAGAGGCAGUCUUAGUCAUGCAAUGUAACUAUCUGGGUAACUAUAGUGUCCCUUUAAGAGUGCAUUAUGUGAAUCCCAUUUGAGAAAGGAAAGUUGUUUUAAUCUAUUGAAGAGGAAUUAAUAAUGUAUACAGAAUAGAAGUAAUAUCUCAGUACAUCUAGUAAGUUUUAUUGAACUGUCUUAAUGUUUUUUAUUUAGAAUUCUAUUAAAAUCCAGUCAAACACAUAAUAUAAUAGUGUGAAUAAAGAAUACCCAAUCUUCAAAAAGUAAAAGUGGCUCAGAAAAAAUAUAUACAAAGCUAAAACAACAUUUAAAAAAAAUCUCUUUGUAGUGUUCCUUAUAUUUAUCAUUUAAUAUGUUUAAAGGGAACCUCCAUUUCUGUAGAACUUGCACCAUUAAAUAAAACAUUGAAAAUCACCCAUAACUUGUUUAUUUUUCUUCAUGUGAAGCUCUGGUUUAUUUGUUUUUAACCAAGCAAUAAAAGAGGCUGAUUUAUUAGGAUACCAUUCAACUAAGGAUGAAUACCAGGCAUGUCCAACCUGUGCCUCCUCCCCCACCCUCCCAGAUGUUGCUGAACUACAACUCCCAUGAUUCUUUCAAUUAAACAGAUAGCCAGGGAAUCAUGGGAGUUGUAGUUCAGCAACAUCUGGGGGGCCGCAGGUUGGACAGCCCCGAUGUAUACCAUCGGUAAACAGUAUAUAGUUGCUACAGGUUUUAAAACUUGAAAUAACAGUAUUGUUUUAGUAGUCACUCGUUCUAAAUCAACUAAACUUCAGGAUGCCCCUUUUGUGCCUCAGUCAAGAUAAGCACCAAUACAUGUUUUGUCCUCUAUGGAGCAAAGAAAAGCAUGUCCUCAUUGAUUAAUCCAUGUAAAUAUGUGUUUAACACCCACAGGGCUACAUCAUCCAGAAGAGGGAGAAAAAGCCUUGUCUGGAGCCAAAUAAAGAGCCUGAAGACAUUCUCACGUGAGUUAUUGUUUGUUUUUUAACCAUGAGAUAUCCAGUAUGUGACUACCAUUCCCAUGAUGCUUUGCUAGUUGCUGGCUUAAAGGAACAGUAAUAUAUAUAUAUAAUAUUGACACUACAGUGUCCCUCUACCUAGCUCUACAUUGGUCUUCUCAGCUCCCCCUGUUUGAAGUAAAAAUUUGAAAAGAACUUUAAUUAAAGUUGUACUCACCUUUACCUCUUUGCCUCCCAUGAAGUCACGGAGGAGGCAUGACCUCCUCCACGAUGGUACAAUCCAAUGCUCCUCAUGUCCUCAUUGGGGACAUGAUCUGCAUGGAUGGCGUCAUUCAAAUUUAUAGUGAUCCUUUAAAUUUAUGGGUGAUGGAAACCCACAGGUAGGUAACCUCUGCUUUACAAGAUGCUCUCGAGUAUCUCCAAUUCCUGGACAUGUUUUCUGUUUUCCAGGAAUGAGGAAUUUCAUCCUUUACUAUUUGCACAACAUCGUAACAGCCAGUUCGUGGAGUUUGACUCUUUUGAUAAGGUCAGUAUGAAGCUCACUACACUCUAUUUACUUUAUAGAUGCGUAAUAUUAUGAAUAACAUAAGAAAUGAAAGAUCCACUUUAGAUCCUGCUGCUCCACUAGUCCUCCGUGACUGCAACAUUAUUGAUUCCUUUCAAUACCUUAGCCGCUGUCUUAAUGUAAUUGCCAUUCUUAGUGAUAAAGUAUUGCUUUAAACAUCAAUAAUGGCACAUGAUCCACAAAAAAUCAUUACUUUUAUGGUUUUUGCUUCCCAAGCACUACCAAGCCUCAAUAGCAAACCAGUAACCAACCUCAUGCUGAUGAUUUGCAUUAACAAUGAGUGGUUCACUGACUUUGCAUCUUUUCCUAAGUUGUGUUUCAAAUCUAGCAGUUUAACCGGCCUGUUAAAUAAGCUGCAGAUUUUAUAAUGUAAUAUUUGAACGAAGUUAUUCACUAGCGUGAGACUGGUUGGGAAUUAAAAAUGUUACGUUCAAUGCCAAAGUAGCCAAAAUGGAGCGUAGCUGACUUAGAUCAUUUUUGCAGUUUGGCUAUUUUGGCCUUAAUUUAAAUUUUGACCAUUCUUACUUUAGCCAAUAAUUCUGCAUGUGGUAGUACCGUCUUAUGUCUGCAGAUGGAACUUUUUAGAUGAUAACUUGUACCAUACUAAAUCAUUCUAGAUUUAUGACCAGAGGUGAAUAUUUACAUUAUGAUUUGUUUAAUAAUAUUAUUUUUCUGAGUUUCUUUUUAUUUUUGAUGGUAUAGUAUACAUAAACAUUUAGUUACCAUAGUCAGAGUGCUGACAUAAAUUAGAAGGGGAACAAGGCAGAUGACAAAUAUAAAUGAUUUGCUGUGCUAUGCUGUGCAAUUUGUUCUAAAGAAGGAUGUUUGAGCACUAGAAAAAAUGCAGGUGGGCUUCAAAAUUAAUAAAAGGAAUGGAACAGUUUAGUUAUGAAGAAAGGUUAAAGGGACACUGUAGGCACUGUAUCUGCUUCAUCUCAUUAUACUGGUUAUAGUGUGAAUACACAAAAAUGGGAUACAGCUGAAUAACUAAAAAAACAAGAAAAAAAACAUAACACAUAGUGAAGUACAGUAAUUGCAAUUGGAUUUAACCCCCAAUGAUUGCACUCAUGAAAUAGUGUGGAGCAAUGCUCCUUUAAGCCCACAAUGGGGCUAGAGAAGCGUUCACCUUCCACGGAUGGGGACUUCUGUCUUCCAAUGAAGUGGGAAUACGCCAAUUUGAAUUUAUAAAAAUAUUUUUAUUGAGGCAAUACAAAGCCUUAGUAAAAAAAUUAAAAAUGAAUAAAAUGUAACUGCAAUCUAACGCAUUUCGUCCACAUAUAGUAGACUUCCUCAGAGAUAAUACAGUAUAAGCAGUAAUGCAAUAAAAAACAAAGUAUGCAUAAUUCCCACCCCAACAAAGUCCCUUUAAAUAGAACCAGUCCGUGUGUUGAUUGGAGAAAGCUCUCAUAGAAACGCCCGAAAGUACUGGUUAUAGUGUCUGGAGUCCUCUUGUACCAUCAUUUCUUUCAGCAUUAAACAGUUUUUAAUGUUUGAAUGCUAAACAAGAGUCCCCAGCAGUCCAUCCCCUCUGUGCUGCUUUGGCUAUAAAGGUAUUAGGCUGGGCAGCUGUGAUUGGCUGGGAUUGUCAGCUGACUGCUUUUAGCCUGUCAGAGCUCCAACUGAUGGUAUGAAUGGGUAUGACAACAAGGAGGUGUGUAAUCUCUGCCUUAGCUACACAUACAGAAGGGGCAGGACUGUGGGUGGCCUUAUUUUGUGGCAUACUGCACGAACAUGGUGCAACACUGAAUGGAGGGACAGUGCCAGGGCACUCCAGGCACUAUAACCAAUUCAAAGAGAUGAAAUGUGUGCCUUUAACACAUUUAAAUCUGGAGAUUAAAGGAGAUUUAGUCGAAGGCAAAAGUCAUUUUUUUUUGUUUGUUUUUUUUUUUUUAAAAGUAAGAACAUUAAGGAUGUGGACUUCUCUAUCUGAAGAGGUGGUUUUAUCAGUCUGUACAGAUAUUUAACCCCUUAAAACCAGAGGGCGUACUAUUACGCUCUAUUCUAAGCAGCUCUAAAUGACUCAGGGCGUAAUAGUACGCCCUCCAUUUGUUUUUGUUUUUUUUGUUUUUUUUUACUUGGUUUUGUUUGUGCGCUGUCAUUGUUGCAAUACCCCUUGGUACUGAAAUCAGCAACUGUGACCUCAUCACUAGAGUUCAUUAAAAUUUAAUACGAGACAAUGUGACAAGCCUUUGUCUAAACUCCAGACUCAUCCAAGUACAGACAUUGUUAGUGAUUGAUCCUUUCUUCUUCAUGCUUCAAGGCUGUUGAUGAAUUCUAUUCCAAGUUGGAAGGUCAGAAGAUUGAUUUAAAAGCUCUUCAGCAGGUAUGAUUAAUUUCACCUUACUAUCUAGCCAUCAUUUGUCUAUCAUCUUCUUGUUUUUUUUUUUGCCCUGGUCACCUUGCAUUCUUUUUGUAAUUUUGUAAUACUGUAAUUAGACAUGUAAAAUGGUUUUACAGAGAGUGGUGGAUAUUUUCCACGAGUGAGUUACCUUUCAAUAAAUGUGGAAGCACUUUCCUUGUGCAUGCAUCACUUCCAGCUGUCUUACAGCAACUCCCUGGUGAGAUGUGCGUUCGAAAAUUGCUUACAUGAUCACUCCAGAAAACCGUAAGAUGAUUUCUAAAUCAUGCAGAAUAUGGAAACUGGAACCUGAAAUCUAUUUAAAGAUCUUGCGCAUGUUCCCCCACCCCCCCGACCUUUCUAAUCCCCAAUCACAGUUUGCUUAGUUUUUGCUCUGAAUAAUUAUCAAAUUUUUUGAUUUUUAAUUUCUGGGUCACCAACAGGAGAAACAAGCUUUGAAGAAGCUGGAUAAUGUGCGAAGAGAUCAUGAGCAAAGAUUGGACUCCCUUAACCAAGAUCAGGUAUUUUCUUUGUAAAAUGAUUUUGUCCCUACCACGUCUGGCGUUUUGGUGAAAUCUGUGUAGUAAUGGCUACUUCUUUCUUGUUUGAUUUUUGCUUUUUGCACCAAAAUGGUUAAUAACAAUCUGGAUUUUUUUUUUUUAGGAAAUUGACAAAACUAAGGGAGAGCUGAUCGAGAUGAAUUUGGACAUUGUAGAUCGCGCACUCCAGGUGGUGCGCAGUGCCCUGGCCAAUCAGAUUGACUGGACAGAGAUUGGAACCAUUGUGAAAGAGGCACAAAUCCAAGGAGAUCCUGUUGCUAUUGCCAUCAAAGAACUUAAGCUUCAGAAAAACCAUAUCAUCAUGCUGCUCAAGUGAGUCGCACUUCUUGCAAUAAUGUGCAAAAAGCUAAAGGAUCUUUGAGAUGACAACUGUUCUUUUAUUUAUUUAAGUGAAAAUAGAAACGGAGUGUAUUUUCUUUUCCCUCCAUAUUCAUGUAACUUUUAAUUGUAGGGGCUAGGUACUAUUCAUGAACAAAAGUUGGUGAUGAGACGCUAUUAAACUGUUAUUGCACUCUCUGCAGUGAAUAAGGUUUAUGGUUGAUGGCCUUUAGGUAGAGAAAAGUUGUUUGUAUCAACCAUUAUAGUUAAAGAAAGUGCUGAUGGGCUUUAAGAAGCACUGUCAUUUGAGGGAUCUUUACAUUUUAUUUCAGAACCCCCAGGUGGUAUGUUUGCUUAGAUGUUGGUAUUUUCCUUCUUGUGCUGUCAACUUCUAAUCUCCAGCUCCAGCAGAUAAAUUUACCAGGAGCUGUGCCUUUUGCUGUAAUUAUGCAUGUGUGAGAGAACGAAACGGGUCUAUGAAAGGUAUCGGAAAACACUGGGAUCGCUAUUGAUCUUCAGCCAUAGGUAUCUGUUUCAUAUUGCGUGAGAAGAUGUCUGUACCCAUCUGACCUUGUGAGUAACAGAUGGUGGGUUCAUAGCAAGAUGCAGUAUUCUGAACCAGAUCAAAACUUUGCCUUUCGCCAUGUUUUGACAAAAAGAAUAUUGUGUACAUAAGACACAUUAAUUCAUACUUUGCUUUAUGAUACAUUUUGAUUGCUGUAGAAUUUGAAUACAGUUUAUUUUAUAUAUAUUUUUUAAAAGCUCGGAUGUGAUAGAUCUGCUCUAAACCUAAUGUUCUCCUAAACUUAUCUAGGCAAAAAAAAAAAGUGAAAAUUGUUUUCUUUUAAAUUUGUUUUUUGUUAAAUUAAGUUUUACAUUUAAUGGAUCUUUCUAGGCACCACAACCACUUCAGAACACUGUAGUGGUCUCCUGGCCCCAUAUCCUGGGUAAGAAUGAGACCCUUUUCAAAUAGUUAAACACUUAAGAGGGUGAUUUCAGGUUGCUCUCGUCUGAACCUUUUACUUCCACAUGUGUGAAAUUAGUGCCACCGAUCUUUGAAUGGAAUUCUUUCGCUGAGAGCGUCCACUGAUGUUCUCAACCAGUUCCAUUCAAAUAGGGUGGAAUUGAUAUAUCUGUUGUGGAAGGGGAACUUCUGCUUGAUAUGUAUCUGAGAGGGAUGGACCCAGGUAAGUGUCAAACUAUUCAAAAUGAUAUAAUUCUUUCCCAGGGGAUUCUUUGCAUCAGAACCAUUAAUUUGCAAAUAAUUGCCGUGUGAUACAAAUUAGCAGACCUCACUGAACCUCUCCAAUUUGCUGAAAAUAACAAUGUGAUGAGGUAUUGGAAUGUUAUAUGUUUGCAGAAACCCGUAUACUUUAUCCGAAGAAGAGCAUGACGACGAUGAAGAGGAAAUCAAGGAAGUUGAAGCGCCCAAAGGAAAAAAGAAAAAAGCAAAGAACAAAGUGCAACCAAAGAAAGUCCAGAAGAACAAGCCAAUGCUGGUGGAGGUGGACCUUGGCCUUUCUGCAUACGCAAAUGCCAAAAAGUGAGUGACCUCAUUUAUUUAUUUACUUAUAAAAUAUUUUACCUGGAUGGAUACAUUGAGAUUUCACUCGUUUUCGAGUAUGUCCUGGGUGUAAACAAUCCCAAAAUGCAAAUAUUUAAUCAUUUGCACUCUCUAAAAAGUGUUCCUUUCUGCAUAAAAGACUGAAUGAAUAGGAGCGGUACUUUCUGAACGGGUCCUUACUGCAUGGUACACUAUGAACAGGGGUGGUACUGCUUUACAGAAGUUUAUCUUCUAUAGGUCAUACACUGAAUGUGAGAAUUUUUAACUGCAGGUAUUAUGAUCACAAGAGACAUGCGGCCAAGAAGACGCAAAAGACGGUAGAAGCAGCAGAAAAGGUAAAUAAGAGCCUUUGACUUUUUAUAGGGCUUAGAGCAAAAUGAUUGAGUCCAAAAACAAAAAAAAAAUUAAGAAAAAGGACAAAACAAUAACUUGGUAUUCCCUUCUCUUUCUUUCUGCUCUAUCCCCAAAUUCUACAGUCUCAGGUUCUCUAGAGAGUGAAUCAUGAGAUCUGUAGCUCCAGUGGCUCGUCUUUCUUCUUCAAUGUUUUUCCUUAAGAGCUAUAAUCGUCUGUCAAAGGAGCAGGGUGAGGUCCUGGCAGAUCUUCCCCUAUUCCCUGCUAGAACUCUAGGCAGACAGGUUCAGGAUAUGCAAAGCUGCUCUAACACAUUUCUGUUUUUCCAAAUACAUAUUUUGCCACUUUUCAUACUUUCAAGCAUUGCGAGACCCAUGUUACUUUGCAACGCACCAUGUCAUCUUUAGAUGUGCAACUUCUGAGGAUGUACCUUGGCUACCCUAGAGUAAAGCCCAAGAUGUCAUCUCUUACACAGUAUGCUACUGUUAACAUUUUGAUCAGGAACAUGUUAUUUUUUUGACUCUAGAAGUUCCAGCUUUUCAUAUCUCUUUAAGGUCACUGGCAGAACGUAUUGUUUUUUUGUUUUUUAGGGGGUAUCACCGGUAUAAAGUAGCUGAUUUGCUGCUCUUUGUAGAUUGUGCCUCUUCUAUGAUCUUCUCUCUGGCUGCAGGCUGACUGGGCAGGAAAUCCUAUGAUAUGCCUAAAAUCUCGUUUUUUGUUUGUUUGUGUGUAUGACUUUGUAAAAUAGGCAUUCAAAUCUGCAGAGAAGAAAACCAAGCAGACGCUGAAAGAGGUCCAGACAGUGAGCACCAUUCAGAAAGCAAGGAAGGUUUACUGGUGAGCAAGACUAUUUCUUUACAAAUCCAUUAUUUCCCCCAUGGUAGAGAAGUUGGAAAUGAUGGGCUUACAUUCAUCGUGUGACAUAGAGGGGUGCAACAAAAGACAGCAACUCACUACCUUCUCAAAGAUUUUUUUUUUUCUUUAAAUUCCCAAAAACGCAACAAAUUGCAGCUCCUUAAAGGACCACUAUAGUGCCAGGAAAACAUACUCGUUUUCCUGGCACUAUAGUGCCCUGAGGGUGUAUGUGUAGUGCAAUAGUUUUUAUGCACUAAAUAGAAUCAUAGAUAAUUGAAAACUCGAAUGGCACCUAUUCUCCACCUUGGCAAUAACCCAGUUUGCCUAUUUUAGCCUGACAUUUGCCAUUAUGUUUUUAAUUCAUGGUUUUGUUAAUAAAUAAACCCUAUUUUCUCCUGUAAGUGCUCUGUCUGACCUGUAACCUUUAUGGGUGAUUCAGAUUGCUUGGGAGAGGAUGUACCUGAUACUGCUGAGAGUUUUCAUGAUUCUCCCCUGGUGCUAUGGUGGUAAUGUAGCCAACAUUCCAAACUCCUCUCCUGACACUUCUCUGUCUCCCAUUAGGUUUGAGAAGUUCUUGUGGUUUAUAAGCUCGGAGAACUAUUUGGUGAUCGCAGGAAGGGAUCAGCAACAAAACGAGAUGAUUGUAAAGCGCUAUCUAAGGCCUGGUUAGUAUCAAUGAAAUAGAACAGUGGUGGUGAACUUGAUACUGUACAUGAUUGUGGACUACAUUUCCCAAGAUGCAUAUCUGGUCUUCAAGGUGGAACAGACCGUUUUGAAAUGAUUGAUCCACUAUUGCUUUAUGUUCUUAUAGCAAAAAAAGUUCUGCAUUCUAUUAACACUUUCGGGAGUUUUCUUCCACCCAGUGGUGAUUUAUUGGCAUAUUACAGACAGAUUGUUAUUUAUGUAUAGACCAUCCUUCACUAUCCCUUACCUUCUCGUAGUGCUGAACACUGUCUCCAUAUCUUUUUCACUUCGUUUUGAUUUUGUGGUUCUAGGUGACAUUUAUGUCCAUGCCGAUCUCCACGGAGCCACCAGCUGUGUCAUCAAGAACCCCUCAGGUAAUAUACAGAUUGCGUCAGGUAUACCUCUACUGCGGAGGAACGAAAUAUGGUGAACCUUGAAUUCUCUGUUCCAAAACAUCCCAUGAAUGUUCAGUGAUAUUCAGCAGAUGAAUGGGGAGGCUGAGGAGGGACUGUAACUUCACACUUGUGUGCAUGAAGACAGGCUCAACUUUAUUUUGCAAUGUGUAUAAGGUUUAUCAUCUGGGAAUAAUAUUAUGAGUGAACAGUAUCUGUGUAUGUUGUAACAUCAAAUGAUCUAAUAUUACUUGGCCAUUAUACAAACAUCCAGAGUACUCUUCAGCACUAAUGGCUAACAUAAGAUAGUCGUUCCACGCCUAUUGAUCCCCUAUCAUGUUUAAAAGAACAAUACUAGUACUAUAACCACUAUAACCCUCUAUAGUGGUUAUGGUGCCAGGAGUGCCCAGUCACCCUCAAAUUUUUUUACAAUUUACCUUGGGGUUCACUGGGCGUCUCCUUCAAUGGACCCAGAAGCUUCAGCAAUUAAUUAAAACAUUUUCCAGGUAUCUGUUUAUGUAACACAUUAAGAUAUAUAUAUAUAUAUAUAUAUAUAUAUAUAUAUAUAUAUAUAUAUAUAUAUAUAUAUAUAUAUAUAUAUUCAUUUUGUUUAGAGUUUGAUACUUUUUUUAUCCUAUCCUUAUUAACCUUAUAUCUGUCUGGCCGUGCAACAGGGGAAACAGUGCCUCCACGCACGCUGACUGAGGCUGGAACUAUGGCAGUCUGCUACAGCGCAGCCUGGGACGCACGUGUUAUCACCAGCGCCUGGUGGGUCAAUCACAAUCAGGUAAUUUUGCGGGUGCUGACUUCAAUAAGUCUGAGGUAUAAUGAUGUGUAAAUGAUAACUAUAAAAUGUAAUGUGUGUUCUAGCAUUUCUCUCAUUUGACACAAUCGUUAUGUAAAUCAGUUUAAAAUAAUACCACCAAAAGAUCAAUAUGAUUUCCAUAUAUCCAAGCUAUAGUAUGCUUAGCUGUAAUUACUGAUUUAAGAUCUGUUAUGGUUUCAGUGGGGAGGUGGUUGUGACACUUGCUGUGAGAGGAUCUGAUGCUCAGCAGCCAAUCAGAAUAUUCAGUUUAAUCAGCUCAGCUAUUUAACUCCCAGGAUUCCACUGUGCAGGAAGAAAAGACCUUUCUAAUUAUAAGCCAAUAUUGGCUUCAAAUCCUUUAGUUGGUUUUAAUGCUUAAAAAUGCAGAACAAAAAAUAAAUGUGCACUGGAAAAAUACAGCUGGGAGAAAAAACAAGCCAUGAAAAACUGCGUAAGCCAGCUCACAAAUUCAGUCUUGUAAUGGCUGCAAAGUGACCCCCUCAAAACGGAGACGCUGAUUGCUUUGAUAUUUUGGAGUUAAUUUGCUAAAUGGCAAGAUGAAGCGAAAUGGCACAAAUGUGAGAAAAGGAUUAUCUGAAAUUCCAGGUUUUUCUGUUCCCUCCACCUAAACUAAAUGAUCUUUUUACGGUGAAUUAACAAGUAGUGUUACCAAGUGAACCAAACAGGCCUCACUGCUCCAGAUAUUUCCUAUUCUCUGCUAAAACUGGAAGAACGUAAGCGUGUAAAAUGAGAAAUCUGUGUUGACUGGCAUGAAAACGUAUCUCUGACAGUAUGGCUUUGUAGGGAUUUUGAUGUUUAAUGAUUUAGGCCUAAUUAUUUUGAUUGUAAAUAUUCCUAGUUUUAUUCUAGAUGGCAGGUGGUAUUGAAUGACCGGCAUUCUUUUCUGUUUUUUUUUUAUUUGAUGUAUUUAAAUAUUCCAUUCAAUGGACGUGAAGAUGUUUAAUGACAAAACGUUUGAGUAAACCCCAAAAUGUGCUCUAAAUCCCCGUUAGGCCAUGACAUUUUGCCUAGGUUCUCUCUACCAUAUCUUUUGCCACUUCGCACAGACCACUCUUCUUUACAUGUCGUACUAUAAUUAUUCAGGCUCCCACUGUGAUGUAAUAUAAAUACUCUCAUUAUUCAGGUUUCAAAGACUGCACCCACAGGAGAGUAUCUGACAACUGGUAGCUUUAUGAUUCGAGGUAAGGGGUGUUCAUGUCAUAUUGUUUGUAAGAUGCUGAUCAAACCAUCUUAAACUCUCUUGUAAAUUAUCCCUCUAAAGAUUAUUCCUUUCUCCUAUGGCCUCUUCGGGCCUGUCUUUUCUACUUAGGGCCCUUUCUUCAUACUCCGGCCCCUGCAACCUUUCCUUUGUUUUGGUUUUGUGUGGUCUGGAUGUCAGAAAGAACUUUGUUUGUUCAAUUUUCAUUUUCCAGGGAAAAAGAACUUCCUUCCACCAUCGUACCUGAUGAUGGGCUUUGGAUUUCUAUUUAAGGUUUGCAUGUUCGCUUGCGAGCUAUCUGUAUAUUAAUGUAUUAAGAUUACCAUAAUCUAUACUGCACAUCUGACGUUAUGGUCUUUACCCUGUGUGUAAUUUGCCAGUACCAUAUCUGACCAGCAGAGGGCAUGACAUAUUGAUACUGCUUUAAAGUCUCACUGUGUUAAUGGGAAAACCUAACUUGAAAUAACCCUUUCGGUGGGGUGAUUUGGAUGUAGUAAGGUAGUGAUCCCUGUCUGUAACUGACCUUGUCAUUACUGAAUAUUUGUUUUAGCUGCCAAACGUCAAUUUGUCAUAUUAAUAGACAUUGUAACUUGUAUAAAUAUAUAUUUUCUGUCUGACCUUCUACAUAUUAAGGUAGAGGGAUGCUUUCAUCUUACCAGUGUGAUACCCACAAACACAAACACCAGAUUUUUUAUUUUUUUUCUCACUCUUCCAGUACAUAUAAUAAGUAGAAAUUGCUGGGACUGUGCUACCUCUCAGAACAUCAGUUUGCCAACAUAAGUUGUAAAAUAAUUUUGCAAAGUGUCAAUUAAUUCCGGUGGGUCCUGUAUAUAUGUGCUAGAAGAUAAAAAUAAUACUAAGGUCGGAGAGACAAAGGACCGCUGAUAGCGUAGUAUUGCCAAAAUGUAAAAGCAUUUAUGAAAAAUAUAAACAUUAAAAGUGGACUCUCACAUUGAAGUAAGAGGUUACCGGCAUAUAAAGUGUUACAGCUCACAGAGGUUUAUAGGACCUGUUUUUCUUAUGCUGGACUUGCAAAUGGCUGACCACUGGAAGAGAUUGUCUUCUGCUCUCACAGAAUGGCACUCAAUUCCUUCAUCUCGCCUGUAAUAUCGGAAGUUCAAAAGGGGAUCCUUUCGUCACACUGUGUCCCUCUGGUUCUUCUAAUUGUUUCAUAGUAAGGGCCAAACGUUUUCCGCCUUUUAUGUGGGCUUUGUCAAUGGCUUAGACUAGUGGUCCCCAACCCAGUCCUCAUGGACCACCAACAGUCCAGGAUUUAUGUAUUUCCCUGUUUUAUUCCAACGGAGAUGCUGACAAAACCUGGACUGUUGGUGGUCUGUGAGGACUGGGUUCGGGACCAUUGGCUUAAACGAAGUCAUUGACAAAGCCCACAGGAAGGGCAAGAGAGUCCACUUUUAAUGUCUUUUAUGUUUUUAAUAAAUGCUUUUGAAGCACGGAAAGUGUUGUGCUUGUCCAAUCAAAUGUCUCUCAGGGAUCUCCCUGGUUCUUAAAGCUACCUCUUACCUCACUGCCUUAAUUGGAUUAAUAAUGUGGAAUUUAUAUUUUCGCAUUUCCAAUAUCAAUUACCUGGCUGCCAGUGAUUGGGUCAGUGCAUGGAACAGUUUUAUGUCCGCCCAUAGAUUCUUUGCACCAUAACUUUAUAGUUAUCAACUUUAAACAAAUUUAUGGAGACAGGGAGCGAAACUGCUAAAAUAAUGUUUAUGUAGCUGUGAUUUGAUCAGCAAUCUCCUUUUGUACUGCAGGUAGACGAGCCUUGCGUUUGGCGACAUAAAGGCGAGCGAAGAGUUAAAGUUCAGGAUGAGGAUCUGGAAAGUGUAACAAGUAGUCACACAGAGCUCAUGGCUGAAGAAAAUGAACCUCUGGGUAAUGAAGCCAGGGGCCUGUAUAUCUGGAAAUAUUUACUUUUUGACAUAAAUAAUCAUACAAGUGCAAUAGGCGUAUUCCACACACUAUUCUUUUGCUGAAUUUGCUAAAUCACUUAACCCCUUAAGGACACAUGACAUGUGUGAAAUGUCAUGAUUCCCUUUUAUUCCAGAAGUUUGGUCCUUAAGGGGUUAAAUGCAAUGCUUCUUCUAGACAUGUGUUUUGUUGUUUGUUUGUUUUCCCCCUCCCUGGGAUGGGACCUUCCAUUAGAUUCCCCAUACUAGUUAAAGUGAGUCCUAAUUAUGCAGAAAUCUAAUUUUUCUCUGACCACAGGCUCCUGCACAGACAAAUAAUUUUGUGUUUUGUCUCUGCCUUUGCCAGAGCAAUGGAGCCCCACCGGACACUAGGAAGAAUUAAUGAACCUGUGUUUACAUGUUUUUGUUUAAGUAUAAAUUAUAUGACAUUUGAGGAAGGUGACUGAACAACACAUUAGAGUGGAAGAGUAAGUCACCUGUCUUAGACACGUACAUAAUCUUGAUCGCUGACCGGAUAGGUUGAGAACCAUUUCUCCAGGCUUUGAUGAUAAAUAUGUUGUCUCUUAGGACUACUGAUAUGAAAAUAGUUGGGUUUAUCAGUGUAAAAAGGCGUACAAAUAUCCUGAAAUUGUCUCCAUGUUUAAAUUCUCUAGAGGAAGAGAGUGACAGCAGCAGUAGUGAAGAUGAAAAGAAAGAGGACACGGAAGAGGCCACUCAGAGCUGUGAAUUGGAAAUAAAGUCUGAAUGUCAGACCGAAGACAUCAAUGGGACCCAAAACAUUGUAGAGGCAGAUGAAACACCGCUGUCAGAUGAACAAAGCGACCGUGACAGCCCUCAAUCUACAGAGAAUAACAGUGAGGUGAAGGAGGAGGAUGAUGAUGAGAGAGCAGAGCUCAGCUACCCAGACACUUCCAUAGACCUGUCCCAUCUCCAGUCUAAGAGGUAAACUAUUUUCUUUAAAUUGUUCUCUAGAUGUCGAUGAGCCAAUGAACCUGAUGUAUCUGCAAUCACGUAACUAUCUGUUUACAAGGACUUUCUCAUGAAAUAUCUAAGUAUUUUGCUGCAAAAUAUAUUUCAGCUUCAUCAGUGUUUGAUAUGUUAGGUUUUCAAAGAUCUUAUUGACCCAAAAUCCAAUCAGCAGCUUUCCAGAUGUAUACUCCCAUCAUCCAAGCAACUGGGUAUCUCAAUGACAAAAGGCACAGUCAGAUUGUUUUGCUAAUUGCCUGAACAUCAUGGGAGUGGUUGUCCAUGGCAGCUGGAGUGCCAGAUGUCAGUCUCACCUGGCCACGGGAAGCCCUUCUUCUGACCUCUACUCAAACCUAUUGCCAUUGGCUGACUGGGAUCUGCUGUACAACAGUGACACCUAGUGCUGACCUUUAGACUCCAGUGCAACACCAAUUGUCUCCCUGCUUUUGUAGUACUACAGCUCUCAUGAUGCUUUCUCUCUUAAGGAUCCUAGUUGUUGCAUUCUAUAGCUGAGUGUCUUUUUACAAUCACGCUUGCUGUGGUGUUAAAUGAAAAGCAAUUGGAAUAUGUCCCCCACCCCUGAAUUGUUUAUACAUCAUACCUAACUCUUAAAGGAGUGAUUACAUGUUCAAAAGAGAAGUAUUAGAAAUUCAUUUUUUUUCUAAUGUAAGAACUUUUAUUUGAAAUCACAAUUUUAGUCUUCUGCAAAUUUUGCAGUUCAGCUAAUAGUGUUACCUUAUUUGUAAAUAUUUAAAAAAAAAUAUAUAUAUAUUUUUCUUCCACAGAACGACAAGCAGAGUGGUUGUUACAGAGCCUGCAGGAUCAGACGCAGUGGUAAUACCCUUGUUCCUAUUUGCAACCUAUCAUUUAUACCAUUUAAUGGCCCCAUGAAAAAUACACGAGUUGUAACCUGUUUAUUUUCUGUCCACAACAGGACGGCAGCAAGUCUCUUGGGCGUAAACACAUGUCUGCAAAGGAGCGUCGGUAAGAUGUUGAGACAUGUAUUUGAAAUUAGAUUAAAUUGUAUCUAUGAAAACAGAUCAGCUAUGUCAUUCUAUAUAUAUAUAUAUAUAUAUAUAUAUAUAUAUAUAUAUAUAUAUAUAUAUAUAUAUAUAUAUAUAUAUAUAUAUAUAUAUAUAUAUAUAUAUAAACAAGAGGGUGUUGGCUGCACUCACCUUAACAUGCAUAAAUGGGGGUGCUGCUGGGGGCCAAAUAAUACAAUACACAAGAUCCAGCGCACUCACCUAUCCACUAAACAGCAACUUCAAUGUUGAAAGAUUUCUUUCCCCAAGUAGGUUAAUCUCAUAAGAGCAGACAUUAGGCUGUUAGUGUAGGACCUGCCAAAGAUGGGGUACAUUGACGUUGUGGCAGGCUUAUGCAAUGUAUGAUCAUAUGGUGUAACUGGGCCCCCAUUAUUUUUGCCUAGAUUAGGUGUUUUUAAAAAAACAAAUAAAAUCUUUCAACAUUGAAGUUGCUGUUUAGUGGAUAGGUGAGUGCGCUGGAUCUUGUGUAUUGUAUUAUAUAUUUAUAUAUAUAUAUAUAUAUAUAUAUAUAUAUAUAUAUAUAUAUAUAUAUAUAUAUAUAUAUAUAUAUAUAUAUAUAUAUAUAUAUAUAUAUAAAAUGAUCUAUGAUAAGUAAUGGAUAUGGGGGAUUUUUAUUUGACCCUACUUAUCACAAGUGAAGAAUGGGUCAUCAAACUAAUGACAUAGGAGGAUAAAUGAUGGUGAAGCUCCACAAUGUCAAACUUGUUUCCUGGUUCUGUUUCACAGGGAAAUGAAGAAAAAGAAAAAGCCAAAUGAUGCGAAUGAUGUAGAUGAGGAGUCGAUCGAAGAGAAGAGCAAAGACGAGAAACCAGAAAAUGUUGUUUCUGAUAAUGCACCACAAAGUGCCGCUGCACCACCUCUAAUGAAAAGAGGCCAGAAGGUACCAUUCUCACUUUUUUUCUUUCUUCCUGAAGGAAUCGGCAACUGCAUCAACAUUUAAAUUUUAACUCACACUCAGUCAGCCUUAGGGAUCCUACUGAUCCGGCCAUUGCGUCUUCCCAUUGACCUGGCCCAUUGCUCCUUUCUCUUGACCAGGCCUGUUGCUACCUCUUUUUCCAUUAAAGGGACACUGUAACUGCUUCAUUUCAUUGGAGAGGAUAGAGUGCCUUGAGAUCCACGGUGCCAUGUAUUUUUUUUUUUUAUUCAAUCUUAAAGGAACACUAUAGCAGGAAUACAAAUGUGUGUUUCUAAUGUGUUAUUGUCACUGCAUAAGUCCAUUUACUCAACUUUUGCCACACUGCUUUCUCUGCAGAUGGCCUUGUCUCUUUUGUUGAUCUUAUCUCAGUUGAUGCUUGAGGAUCUCGGUCAAUCUAAUACUUUCCUACAGGAAAGCAUUGGAAGGAUAGUGUGCACGUGUGGCAAAAGCCAUGCUGCGCCAAUCAGCUAUUUCUGCAGAAGUGCCUCUAGUGGCUGUCACAGUGACAAUGACUACAGGCAUUUAAACCCUGCAAUGAAAAAUUACAACUACUGCAGAACCACAAUGUUUUCACUAACAGGGUUAAAACUAGAGACAUGUCAUCCAGACCACUUUAUUGAGAUGAAGGGGACGGAGUGCCUAUUGAGUCACUUUAAACAGUUUUUAAAGGACCACUAUAGGCACCCAGACCACUUCAGCUCAAUAGUCUGGGUGCCAGGUCCCUCUAGUUUUCACCCUGCAGCUGUAAACAUAGCAGUUUCAGAGAAACUGCUAUGUUUACAAUGAGGGUUAAUCCAGCCUCUAGUGGCUGUCUCCCUGACAGCCAAUAGAGGCCGCUUCCGCAAUUCUCACUGAACUUCACAGUGAGAAGACGCUGGACGUCCAUAGGAAAGCAUUGAGUAAUGCUUUCCUAUGGGCGGUUUGAAUGCACCCGUGGCUCUUGCCGUGCAUGCGCAUUGGCACAGAAGUCGUCAGGAGGAGGAGAGGUCACCAGCGCCGAGGGAGCCCGAUGCUGGAUUAGUGUAAGUGGCUGAAGGAGUUUUAACCCCUUCAGCUCAGCGGGAGAGGGGCCAUGAGGUUGUGGGGACCUAAUAACCCUAUAGUGCCAGGAAAACAGGUUUGUUUUCCUGGCACUAUAGUGGUGCCAGGAAACUCUGAUAUAGCACCUUUAAUGCUAUAUGAGAGUUCCCAGCAGCCCAUCCCCUCUGUGAGGAAGUGUUAGCCUAAGUGGUUGUGGGUGUCUGUGAUAGGCUGAAAGAAGACAGCUGACCCUCUUAGCCAAUCACAGAGCACAUUCAGCUGGCAUCUUUGCUUUGGACUCAUCUUUAGUGCAUACAGUGUGCCUCUAAGGCUUUAAUAAAAUUCAGAAUGCUGCAUUCAUGUAAAAGGUUCGCUAGAUUUUAUCAUGAGGGUUAUUAAAGUAAGAACUGAACUGAAAUUGAAAUUAAAUGCCAAAGUGUUCUAAGUUCAUUUUGCCCAUAACUCGGCUACUUCAGCCUUAAGUUGAAAUUCACUAUAAGUUCCCAGCAGUUCUCACUUUAUUUAUUUAUUUUUUAAUCAAUAAUUCUUUAUUAUAUAUUUCAUUUUUAUGAAUAGACAUAAAUACAUAUACCGAAACACAUACACAAAAUCCUAUAUUGUAAUAUUUCUUUUAUAUAAGAAAGAAUGUUACCUAUUAACCAAUGUACAAGAUAUAGUCAAUCAUAAAUCUCACAUAAAACAAUACAAACAUUUAGUGCCAGGUCCUCGGGAGAAAGACCAAUUUCCAUAUCUAAAAAAACCCAGAAAACUUUCUGAUAUUAGUCAGAUGGGAAGAGACAAUAUAUUGAUAGCUUAAAUUAAAGAUUUUUCAAUUGGGUUAUCCAACUCUGCAUGUACGUACUAUUUAUUUUAGACUCCUUAUUCGACCAUUUUAACCCACCUUCCAUAUUGUACAGGAACAGAAUUUGGCUUUUAAGAUUUAGCCAACUUAUAAAUUCUCUUGAUUUCCAAUGUCGUGCUAAAAGAAGUUUUGUAGCUACAAAAAAAAUAAGUAGACAUCAAGGCAUUUUUGGGAGAUGGCACUGGCCAAUUAAAAUGUAGGAUCCCUUUUUCGGCUUAAAUCUCCCCAAUGUCUGAAGUUUAUCAAAUGUUAUUUUCCAUAAAUGAGCCGCAAUUUUACAGCCCACCACAUGUGGCGAUAAUCUGCUCCCUCAGUAUCACAUAUCCAACACUUAGAAUUAGGAGUAAACUUAUUCACUAACAAGGGAUCCAAGUACCAGAAAUGAAUCACUUUAUAUUGGUUUUCAAGAAUAUUAGUGCAAUUGGAUAUCACUGUUAUAAUUUUUUUUAUGGCCAAAAGCCAUUCUUCACGAUUUAUGUCUGUAUCAAGUAAUUUAUUCAGUUUCUCUAUAUUCUUAUAACCGUCUCCUCGAUCUAUAAAGGAAAUCAGUAAAUAAGUCGUUGACAUAACCUUAGAGACUAAUUUCUUACAGAAUAUCUUUUUUAAAAGGCCUAAUUUAUAUUCAUCAGCACUUACAGCUGUCUGUUGUAAAAAGCCUUUAAUUCUUAAGAAAGAGAACAUUUCCUUAGUGGGAAGAUUAUAUUCUAAGUUUAACUCCGAAAAGUAUUUCAGUGUUCCAUUAGUGUAAAGCCAUCCUGAGGAUACCAGAUUCAACCCAUUUAUCUAUAACUAGCUCUGGAAUAUUUUUAGCUAAUACGCCGAUGCUAAUAGUCUCAAUUAUUUUAUCCUGUACUCCUAACAUUUUCUUUAAUUGAGCCCAGACCUUAAAUAAAUGUCCUAAAACAAAGCUUUUUCACCAAGAUCUUGCCAUCUAGAACUUUGGGUCUCCCAAAUGAAGCUCCUAAGAUCCCACUGUUGAGUCAGAUAUAAUUCUGUUUGAAAACCAGCUCUUUUCGCAUAUCUGUGGGGUCAGCAUUAGAUAUAUGUGGCCAAUCAUAUUAGCUAAGUAAUAGUUUUUUAAUACUGGCAUACCAAAACCUCCAUAUUUGACUUGUAAUGCCAUCCCCUUAAUACUAAUACAGGGUCUUUUGAUAGAUCUUUGUAAACACCACACCAUAAUGUCCCAAUCCACCCGUUCAAAAGCUUUUUCUGCAUCUAACGCAGUAAUAACUGGUUAUUUGUGUUUUUUUCUUGGAGAGAAUAUCAAUUCUCCUUCGGAUAUUAUUUAUAGAGCUUCAACCGGGGACAAAACCUAUUUGAUCCUUAGAGAUAACCUGAGCAAUAACCGGCUUAAAUCUGUCUGCCAUAAUGGACGCACAAAUUUUAGCAUCGGUAUUAACAAGAGAGAUCGGUCUGUAAUUUUUUUAGAGACGUUGGAUCCUUAUCCUGCUUGACUAUAGGAAGAAUAUUAGCUUCCAGGAAUUCUUCCGGACAUUUAGAUUGAUAUAAUCAUUAAACGCUUGUAACAAUUUAGGAGCUAUUUUUGCUUUAACAAUUUUAUAAAAGUGGGCACUGAAAUCAUCCGGACCAGGGGCUUUUUAAUUUUUUAAUUUAUCAAUGGCCUUAAUAACCUUGUUUAGAUGGAUAGUUUUAUCAAGUGAUGCAUCCUGUUCUGGGCUAAUUUUAGGUGUUUGAAUACCAUACAAGAAUUGAUCGAAUUAGGCGUCUUAGAGCAAUUGUACAGCGUUUUAUAAUAGCUAUGUGGCCAAUCUCUUUAGGAGAUCUAUAGAUCUUAUCGUUACGGAUUAUUUUAUCUAUCCUAUUCUCCCCUGAUUGCUUUUUUAAUUUGUUGGUAAGCAUUUUAUCUACCCUAUUAUUUUUAAUGUACCAAUGUUGUUUUAAUUUUUCUAAAUUAUUAGAAAUUCUGGUCAUAUUUAAUUAAUUUAGCCGAUCUCUAAAAAUGCCUAAUGUUUUCCGCACCUUCCUUCGUAGGUCUAAUCUUAUUUUGUUCCAAAUUAUAUAAAGUAAGAUGUAAAUCAGCCAAGGUACUACCUCUCAUCUUAUUUUCAUAAAUACCCAGUUUGAUCAAAUGGCCCCUUAUUACAGCUUUGUAUGCUAACCAUCUUAUGCCCGGGUUUGCUCAUUUGUUUUCUAAAAAAUAAAAAUCUGUCAUCUGAUCGAUGUGUUUUCUAUUCUUAUCACUGUUGAGUAGGGCCUCGUGCAAUCUCCUCUGUCUUGUACCGCUCUUCUGGUUAGCAUCUAUUUCCCAUAUAACUGCAUUACGAUCUGACCAAUUAAUAGUCUUUAUAAAGAUGUUUCUAAUACAAUUAACUAAUUUAAUAUUCCCAACUAACAUAUCAAUUCUUGCAUAGGAACAAUGUCUAUAAGAAAAAUGAGUAAAGUCAUACUCUUGGGGAUGGAGGAGUCUCCAAUCAUCAUAUAAAGUUGCCUUUUUCAAGAAAGUGGAGAGAGCCCUAGCUCUCCGUAGCAGCGCACUAGCAAUCUGCCCUUAGCUGUCUGUUCUAUUUUCUUAAUAAUAUCCUUCACAAAAGUCACUUGUCCAAUAUUGGGUAAAUAUAUGUUAACCAAAGUCUAAAGUACAUUAUCAAGUUUACAUAUUAAUAUGAUAAAUCUGGCUUGAGGAUCACAUUCCUGAUACAUUUUCUCAUAAGAAAUGCCUUUUGCUAUCCAUACAGCGACCCCUUUUUUUUUCCCCCGAUCCAUCGACGCCCUAAUCAAUACCGCCUUUUGCUUACCUUUAUAAAAUUCUCUAUCCGACUUCACCCAAUGGGUCUCGUAAAAAGCAUACCGGAAUUCGCUCUUCUUUAAUCAAUUCUAUAAGAGCUGAUCUUUUAAAGGGACUAUUGAGACCUUGAGUGUUAAUGGUAAGCAUUGUAACCAUCUUCCAGUAAAUACAACUGGCUUAAUCCCGAUGACUGGCAUAGACAAUACAUUACAUACAUCAACAUAUAACCUUAGCCCAAACCCCAUACAUGGGUACCCUGUAUGCACCAAACAUAACAGAGACUACAACCCAUAGCAACUCUACAUAGGAGUCGAAAAAAAGAUAGUCAUACUAUUCAAAUAAAACACAUCUCCCUAGAAUGUUCUAGCAUAUAUGCACACUUAUAAUAAAUCGCUCCUAAUUAUUAAGUUAUGAUUGCAUAUAAUCACACAUAUUAGACCAACAAUCUACUGAUAAGUUCUUCCCUCUUCUACAUCCCCUUACCAUCUUCUUUCCCUAUCCCUAUAACCUUGCCUUAUUAUGACAUAAAAAAUGUGGUUCUUGCAAAAAAAAAUAAUUCCUAUUCUGUAUAUUUAUUAGCAAAACUACUUCACCAAUCAAUUUCUGUGAAGCAAUUCUAUGAUCCGCUUUAUUACAGGUGAUCUUAUAUCUUAUCUACUUUCUAUCUCCCUAACUUCCCCAUGAUUAAUACAGUCUCCUUUGUGCCCCUCCCUCCGUAUCCUUACUGUGCAUUAUUAUGGAAUAUGUUGCUCGGAGAACUUAAGAAUUAUUAACACUAGUGCAAAUCUCACAAUUUUCAUUAUUUAUGUUUUAUAAAUGUUCAUCAACAUCGUGUAUAUUAUUAUACCUGUUCUCUACUUGUGAUCCCCAUUCAUAAUUAUAUUCCCUCUAUUAUCUAGAGGGAAUAUAACCUGAAGUUAUACCAGUGCAAGUGUUACUUGUUUAAGGGGUGAUUAAGUAUUGUUUUAAAGGGAUACUUUCUAUAAGUCUAUUGGUUCUAGUCAAAUGAUUAGUACCACAACUAAAGGAAAAAAAUAUUUAUUUUUCCUUUCCCCUCUUUCUAUCUUUUCACACUUAGAAGCCAUUUUCUUAUUAGCCAGUAUAUACAAUUCUUUUGGAGCCACAAAGAUGCCUUUUGGGGGUCACAGAAAAUUUAGAUGUCAUUUCCCUGCGUUACUAUUAAUUUGAUGGGGUAUCCCCAUUUAUACUUUAUCUGAUUAUCGGAAUAUUAGUCACUGUCCCAAAAUAUAUUCUUCCUUUUCUUGUAAGCCAAGACAAAUCUUGGAAUAUUUUCAAAUCUUGAUAAGUAUAAUUUGCUUCGGUCUCCAUUUUGGAUCUGUGUUUAAGCGUAACCUGUUCUUUGAACCAAUGAUGAUGGAAGCAUAUGAUAACGUCUCUAGAGGCCGUUAUUGGUAUCCACUUUGAUCUGGCCAGGCGAUGGAAUCUGUCCAUUAUUUUCUUAUUUGGCUCAAAAGCUAUGCCAAUGUCCCAAAACAAAUUAAAUAUUCCUGUAAUUUAUCACCUGCGACUUGUUAAUUGAUCCCUCUAAUAUCGAUAUUAUUCCACCGACUGCGGUCUUCUAAUUAGCAUAUUUUUUGUUAAAAAUCACCACAUUUGGUAGAUAAUCAUAUUGUGUUUGCAUCUUACUGAAGUUCCCGGCGUCUCCAACAACUUUGUGGUGUCCUCCGGCUCAAAGACUCACUAGAUCACAGGGUCCCAUGAGCUCCUCGCCUCUAUCGGCGUCUCCCUUCAUGCUACCAGGAGCGUGCAUGCCACGUCAUCACUCCUCCCACCCCCAGCAGUUUUCAUUUUAGUAAAUAAACCUGUAUAUGUUAACUGGCUAAGAAUGUUUGUAUUCGCAUGGUUUGAAACUGGACCUGUUGGAAUUACACCAUCUGGUUGUUGGCAAUUACCAUUCUUUAGUAUGUAUUUUGUGUAUCAUUUCAGAGCAAAAUUAAGAAAAUGAAAGAGAAGUACAAAGAUCAGGACGAGGAGGAUCGAGAGCUUAUCAUGCAACUACUGGGUGUAAGAAUCUGGACUUGAUCAUGGCAGUGCCCUUUUCUAUUCACUAAUAGAAUUUGUUUCAGUGGCUUUAUUGGCCAGUGUAUUCAAAUGCAUUUAUUUUUAAAGUCUGCAGGAUCGAACAAGGAAGACAAAGUAAAGAAGGGGAAGAAGGGAAAAUCCAAGGAAGAGUCAGGGAAAAAGCAGAACGCAAAAGGUGGAGGCAAAGGAAACGCUCCAAGGAAGGAUGCUCAAGGUCCGGUGGACAUUUUCCUGACACAUGAUAUUCAAGAGAUGACAAUAGAAGAACAAGACGAGAAGGUGAGAGAUACUCUGUGACAAUAAAUACAUUUUAAUCUAAGGAGUGUUCUCUCACAGUGAAAAUGGAUAAUGAGCAUUAUUAACGUGAUUUGGUUGGCCUAAACAUGUAAAUAGAACAAUACAAAGAGUUGUAGGAAAGCAGUGGAACAUGGAAGAACAAACUAAAUACAUACAUUUGAAGUGAUUUCCAAUUGUUCUUCAAAAUAAAUAAAUAAGUGGGGACCCUUCUUGACCUGUAGUCACAGAUUUAUAUUGGGGCCAGUAAACUGUUUCCCCGUGUAUUAACUCUUGGUGCUGAAAAAUAGAAGUAAUGGGGAGGGACAUUCCAUUGGUUUCUAUGGUGACCGCUGGUUUGAGAACUUUGAUCCAUGUUUCUUUUAGCAACGCUUUUUAUAAAUUUUCCCACUAAAGGGGGGUUGCAAUCCAAAUACAGAAACGGAUAUAUAGUUUGAUCAUUUUGUAGGACAUUUUAUUCACCGGAAUACCAUUGUGAUUUUUGUGUUACUUUGAUUUAUUGCUUUGAACAGAGCAGGACAUUUUUGUGAGCUUUUGAAGCUGUUUGUGUUUUCUAUACAGGAGGAGCAAGAUCCAGAUCCAGAUCCCCAGGUGACAGAGGUAUUUUUUUUAUUCGUUUAUUUUUUCCGCUUUUUUGAAUUUUCAAUGCUUUUUUUUUGGGCCAAUACCAUGUCAUCAGGGGCAUGGGGUGGUUUGCAAGCAGUACAUUUUAAAUAUAACACAAUAAUGGCUUGUAUUGACAGAUUACAUCAGGAAAGAGAGCCUCUGCCCAUUGGUCUGUAACUUCCACUAGCUUGUGCCUGGUGAUGACUAAUGGGGAUUGUAAUAUCCAAUUACUACUCAUCGUCCUCUCAAUUUGUAUCUCGGGUAUUAGGUAGAGGUUCAGCCAUACUAUUGUAAUGUGAUGUAACUCAUAUUAAAGGGACACUCCAGGCACCCAGACCACUUCUGCCCAUUGGAGUGGUCUGGGUGCCAACUCCUACUACCCUUAACCCAGCAACUGUAAUUAUUGCAGUUUUUUAUAAACUGCAAUAAUUACAUUGCAGGGUUAACUCCACCUCUAGUGGCUGUCUACUAGAUGUUUAAGUGAUAAACCCAAAACCAAAUGUAAAUUAUAAAAUGUAUUGCUGUAAUACUCAAUGGUCAGUAGAUGGCUCCCAGUUAACACCGCUCACAGCACAUAUAAAGGGAAUACAUAGAAACACAUAAUUGUGCAGAUUGUUUCACAUAAAAAUUGCUUUCAACAUCAUCACUAAUGUAGAGAAAGAUUCCCAUAAAAUUCCCCCAGUUGUAAUAGUAAGGAGAUCAGGCAUCUGUUAUACAGUGAAGGAACUCUGAUAUAGGCAAAGUAUAAACAAAUGUAUUAAAACUGUGUUAGAAAACACUCCAUAAACAAACUGUCUCUUACAAGAGAAAGUGGUGAGUAGGGUCGGCAUUUGCUGUUACUCACAGCCCAGAUUUAUGUAAUGUUGAGGAGUUAGACACACUGGCUCUGCAAGGCUGUUGUGUCCGGAGUGUAAUGGCCUGGCUUCAGUGCAGCCGAGCCUUGCAGAGCCAGUGUCUCCAACUCCUCAACAUUACAUAAAGCUGGUCACUCAUUGGAUGUUUGCCUCCUUUUAAAUGUAAUUGAUAAUUUAUGCAUUUUUUUUAAGUCAUUUUCUCUUUAAAGUAGAUUCUGUCUGCUAAAGCAUUUUUUUGCACUGGGGGAAAAACUGAAUUUAAGAUAACUAAUCAUCUUCUAGCAUGGGCGAUAAGGUUUUAAACAACAUUUUACAGUUGCUUUAUAUUCUGUUUAGUCAAAUACUUACUCUCAAUUCGUACUCUUUCAGGAAGCAGAAAACCUCCUGGAUUCCUUGACCGCUCAGCCACAUGUAGAAGACAUUCUCUUGUUCUCUGUUCCAGUGUGUGCGCCGUACACAGCCAUGGCCAAUUAUAAGUAAGUUAAAACAGCCAUUACCCUCUCCACUGCACUAGCUGCAAUCUCCAGGAGAUUUCUACAUACUUAUUACCGUUUUACAUUUUUAAAGGGAAACAUUACUCUAAAAAUAAAUUGAAUAUAAUCUCCAUUCAUCAGAGAUAUUGCCUUGUAUAAUAGCAAUUUUCAGUUAAAUGAGCACUAUAACAUUAGGAGUACAAAUAAUUAUAGUGUCCUGUUUUCCCCCUUGUGAAGGAGAAAGGUGAAUCAAUUUACCGUUUCCCCCCUCAGUCCCCACACUGCCAUCCUACCUCCUUGGCUUAGAUCAUCAAAACUGAUUAUGCCAGCCAACCCAAUACUUUCCCGAAGAAAAGUAUUGGGAUGUUAAGUGCAUGGCGCAGCAACAGUGCACUGCGCCAAUCAGAUGGUCUCUAUGAAACGAUUGAACGUUUUACUUGGCUUAGAGGAUGUGCCUCUAGUGGCUGUCGGAGGGUUUAAAUGCCUUUAGUGGCUGUUACUCUAAUAUAAACAUUGGUGAUCCUGCAGAAUGUAAUGUUUUACAUUUCACAGCUAAACAGACUGGUACAUGGCACCCAAAACACUUACAAAAAAAUAAAUAAACUUGUUUGAUAUUGUAAAGCUGCUAAAUAAGACUACAAGUACAUUUUGCUCCCCCUCCCCAUCGUUCUACGAAUAAUGGGUACAAAAUCAGAUUAUGGAGGAGUUCCACUGUUGUAUUCAAAUGAAAUUUGAAGCAUAAAACAGCCUAGAAAUAAGUUUUGCUGAGCUUGAGAAUUUUUGUCAUUUGGAUUUCAGUGAAAUCUUAGUGUGUAAAAAGUUACAAAAAUAGCAACGUGUAUAAAAAUGUUCAGGUUACGAUUUAUUUCUAACUAUUUAAAAUUAAAACUUUAGUUUUAUCUUCUAACUGGUUCACUUAUGUUUCUAGUAUUCAGUAACAGAUUCCCUAUAAUUGUGUUGCUUGGCAAUUUGAAUGAAUUUUACUUUUUAACAUAUUGUUUUUUUUAUUUUCAGAUAUAAAGUUAAAUUAACUCCAGGAACGCAAAAGAAAGGGAAAGGUACGUUGAAGUUUUAAAGUAAAGGUAAUCUUACAAGUGCACUGUCAUAUUUAGGAUAUUAAUAUAUUCUUCAUCCUGUAAUAAGAGGAACCAUGCAGAGAAUCACCAUGAUACCAGUUAUAUGUUUUUUCUUUCUUACAACUUUUAUUACACAUGUGUAAGGUCCAUGCAUCCCAUGUUCUAAUUUUCCACAGCUGCUAAGACUGCUUUGAAUAGUUUCAUGCAUUCAAAGGAAGCCACAGCCAGGGAAAAGGAUUUACUUCGCAGUGUCAAGGUAAGCAUUGUGUUAUUUCAAUGCCUUGAUCUCAUUGUGACGAUGCCUAUUGUAUUGCUAAACAUCCUCUCUCUCCAUUCAGGAUACAGACCUAUCACGGAACAUGCCUGGGAAAGUAAAGGUGUCUGCUCCAAACCUGCUGGCUAUGAAAAAGAAAUGAGCAGUUAUGUAAAUAUGGCCCUUCAGUACAUCUUGUAAGCGAAGGACAGUUGCUGCCCUGACAAUUUUUAUUUUUUUUUAGUUGCAUGUGACACAUGCUACUUGUUCUUAAGGAAAACUUGCUAAAAAAAAAAAAAAAAAAAUUAGCAGUAACCUUUUCAUUGCCAAAAGUCUAGCCCUGAUUUGAAGAACAAUACGACUGCCCCCUGUGGCUUGCUUUUCACAAUUGCUUCCAAAAAUUACUGCUCAACACCUACAAAACAUUCUUGUUUAAAUCUAGUUUUUCGGGGGGAAAAAAAACACAAAAACAAAACACCUAGCCAUACAUUUCACAUCUUAUGCAUUGUUUGUGAACUGGGCAUCAUAUAAUGCUCAGCCAGAAUGAAGGUUUAUCCACCUAAUUCAGAUAUGUCUGUUUGAUAGCAUGUAAACACAUAUCCGGGGCAGUCUUGUUAUACACCAUUUAUAUGAACCUCCACAACCUUCACAGCUGUGAGGGAAGGACUUGAACUGGGGCACCCAGAUUCCUCUAUUAAUUAUGCUGCUAACGCCUUCUACCGUUUGUUUGCAGGAAGCAGUACUUUAGAGAGUAAUAUUUUUAUAUAAAUUGAGUAAAAAACUUUUUUUGUGUGUGUGUGAAAUUGAUGUUUGGUUUUUACUUUCUCAAACGGGUUCCAGAUUGCUUUCUAGAGUACAUCACCAGUCGCUGACAAAAUUCAGCUUUCUGAUCUAUACAUUCUGGUUUUGAU